AAGCUAGCUUGGAAAAUCUUAAAGAAAUUUCUAAUCACGGUCAAUAUAAAUUCAAUUAGAUUUACAAUAUCUCAAAGUAAAUUUAAGAAUGUUAAAAUCUAUAUAACUCAGAUUCACUUGUGAAACACUAUCAUAAAAAUUUUCUAGCCUUGAAACUUGAAAGUUAAUAAGUAAUAUCUUAAAAUUUAUUUUCUCAUUAAAUUUAUAUAGUCUGUCGAACUGAAAAAAGGAAGUAAAAAAAUAAAAAAUAAUUUAAAAAACCUUCCAAAGUCUGGCUUUCAAUUUCCGACCGUUGAAACAUUUCGAAAUUCAAAAACGUCUGCCCUCGCAAUAUAACCCCACCAGAUUUCAGCGCAGCCAAAAAAAAAAAAUCCAAGAAAAGCGGAAAUUCGUAGCGAUGAAAAGCUCCAUUACUUCAUCCGCCGCCUCCUCCAAAACACCGGCGACUGUGACGGCAGGGUCCUCAUACACGGCCGGCGGUGCACGAGACCGGUCGGAGGGCCGAGGCGAUAGCAGCUGUUACUUUCCUGGUUGCCGGAAGGACACAAACUGCAACUGCAAAAUGUGCCUCGCGAGCAUCAAUGCAACCCUAGACCUCAUCCCCACCGGAAGCUCCAUCACAAAACUCUCUUAUUUACCCAAAAGAGCGGCGACACCUCCGGCGAGGCCGGUAAUGGAGCCGGCAACGCCUCCGGCGACCUCUGGCCACCUCAUUUCCACUCAAUCCUUCUCCCUCACUCCUCCCAUCAAAUCGAAGGCCAAAUCGCGGCCACAAAUUAGAGAAAUUCCGGGUGAUAAGGGCGGAUCUUGGGUUAUAGGGCACUGGAAACUGAUGGUUUUUGUUGGGAUUUUCUUGUUCACCGCCGUGGAACUAGGUUUUCUUAAAGGGGUUGUAGAGGGGUUUGGUCCAAGAUUGACGAAGGAGAUUUUGGAGCAGUUUGUGGAGGAAUCUGGAUGUGAAGCCGUGGAUCUGAGAACGAGGUUAAGGGUUUUGGAGCUAAAGAUAGGAGGUGUUGUUCACGGAGAUGUCUUAAAUUGCAGCUCCUUGGACGCUGCCUGGGAAAUGAAACAACAGGUAGGUCGUCAGUUCUUCCACUGGAGAUGUGUAAUAUACGAAUCCAUGGCAGAGGAAGUGAGUGUCUGGGGUAGCCCUCUUCGAACUUCUGGCCUGAUCUCAACCGGGUUUGAUUCUCGAUCGCUCACACUACUUUUAGGCAGGAUCACAGAGUGGUCAGAUGGGAAGCUGGACGCAGUCUCCAGAACUGGAAAUGGAACCUCAUGGAGCUUGAAGAGAUGGAAUGCAGUAGCUAUGCAGUUGGAAAAUAACACUUGGGUUGUGGAGUAUAAGAGGAGGGCAAUGUUUGAGGAUCCGAAACUGCUUCCAGCUGCAUUGGAUGUGUUAAGGUUGAGGUCCAUAAAGAUGUUUAAGCUGGUAAAGCAGGAAACUUGGAGACUUCUAACCAUUGGUUCUAUUCCUUAUGCUUUCUAUCAACCUGAGGAAGUUAAUUUAAUGCAUCCAACAUAGACGUGGAGAGAUAUGUCAUUGCUGCUUGGGUUGUUUCUGAGAACAUCUCAUUUCUUAUGAGAAUUUUUGUAUUAGAUUUUUCAGAGUUUGUAGCAGAUCAGCUCUUCAAGACAUUAUAAAGCUCUGUACGACAGUAAAUGAUAUAUUUUCCUUUGAUUUUGGGAGUGGCUUAGUGCAGUUUU